AUGUCCAACAUCUCCGAAGUCCAAACAGAACUCACCUCCCUUCGCACCUUAGUGCAAAGUCUUUCCCACCGCGUAACGGAGCUGGAAGACAUAAAUGCAAUCCGCAAACUCCACUUCGCAUACGGCUACUACAUCGACACAUGCUCAUACGCCGAAGUAGUCCAGCUCUUCGCCCAAAAUGGCGAAGUGAUCUUCCUCUCAGGAAUCUACCGCGGCCACGCCUCAAUCUCUCGACUCUACGAAACCUGGUUCCAAACCCUCUUCACCGAAGGAAAACCCGGACCGGUGAACGGCUUCAUCCUCGACCAUCUGGAGAUGCAAGACAUAAUAACCAUAUCCCCAGACGGACGCACAGCUCAAGGACGCUUUCGAGCCUUGCUCGCGGGCGGGAAUCAUACCAGUCGAGCGUACAGGCCCGAAGGUCUUCCGUUGCAAUUCUGGGAAGCUGGAGUGUAUGAGAACACGUAUGUGAAGGGGGAAGAUGGGGUGUGGAGGAUUCAGAGAUUGGAUUAUGUUGUGCAGUGGCAGGCUGAUUAUGAGAAGGGUUGGGCGCAUUGUGAAGCUCAUUUGAAGCCUUUUGAGAAGUGUUUUCCUGAGGAACCGCUUGGGCCGGAUGAGCUGCUGCCUGAAGCAAGAGGUACCUGGCCGGAGAGGAAUGAUGUCAAGAGACAUUAUGCUCAUCCGGUGCUUGCUGCGGCGGGCGAGUUGAAAGGAAGUGGAUAAAGCGGAAGUCAUUACCAGAUCCUGUAAAGCCAGCAUGAUCAAGGCUGU